GUAGCGCAGGGUAGCCGAUAAAAGAAGACGAAGCUGCAUCUUAUCUGCAACACUCUGGAUCCACUUCGCUAGUAAUAAGAGAAGAGAGAGAGAGAGAGAGAGAGAGGAGAAUGUUGAGUCUCUCAGUUGCUUCACCUUCUUCUUCAACCAUUUCCUUUCUCCCAAAGCCAUUCAAUGGCAUUCAGCUCCGUCGCACUGCCACAUGCUCCAUCCCACCCACGAAGCGCAGCUCAUUUGUGCCGGUGGUGGUGAUGUCUAAGAGGACGGAGGAAUUGAAGGAAAUUAGACAAAUGACUACGGAACGAAUUAACGAAGAGGUUGUCGACCUUAAGGGCGAGCUUGUCAUGCUUCGCCUUCAGAAAUCGGCUCGCAACGAGUUCAAGUCCAGCGAUUUCGGUCGCAUGCGCAAGAGGAUUGCUCGCAUGCUUACUGUGAAGCGGGAAAGAGAAAUUGAGGAGGGUAUCAAUAAGAGGUUGUCUAGAAAGCUUGAUAAAAAAUGGAAGAAAAGCAUUGUUGUAAGACCACCUCCGUCUUUAAAGAAGCUUCGGGAGGAAGAAGCAGCAGCAGAAGCUGCAGAAACUGAAAAAGCUGCAUGAGCUUACACAUAAAUAUGCAAGUUACAGAGUUCAAUGGUUUAAAUGGAUGUGGUUGUCACGUGUAUAAUAUUAUCUUAAUGGUAGUAAUUUAUGUUUGUUCCUGCCCGAAGGUUCAUGCCUUUUAUUUUGUGACAAAAGAUACAUGAUUCACAUCCUUCAAAUUAGGUAAAACAUUUUUUUUUAAAUUCAAA